CGUCCCAUCGUUCCACAACCACACUACCUCUUGGCUUUUCUCUACCCCGCUCGUGCUUCACCGGUUCCCGCGAUUUAUUUGUUGAUAUUGUUGACAUCUCCCGAUUGACGGACGAACGCAUUAACGACGACGACUCGCCGAAUGCAGCAGAGCUAUCGUGUUUUCCUCACUAAUUUUGUUAUCGGUCUCGAACGGCCUCUGCGAUUCGAAUCCUGCUCGCGCGUUAUCGUGACAUCAUCUCUGUCCGGUCGUCCACCGAAAACCGCAUCCAUGUAAUCUGACUGGUGGUGAUUUUCCCGGGCAACUGUGGCGUUCGAAGACGCUUGUAUAACGAUCCUUGGACGUGUCCGUCCUGCUCAUCACACGUGAAUCGUGCGAUUCCUGUCACGAUAAUAUCCUGUAUUUCAACCGAUUAUCAACAAUGGAUAAAUCUGAGAGGAAGAAAUCUGCUGGUUUAAAAGAAACCAAUAAGCUUUUAAAACCAGAACAAAGUUUUAUUGGAUUUGAUAUUGAUGAUGAACUAUUGAUAAUUAUUGAUAAUAAGAAAAAAUCAUUAAAAAUGGAACUCAGUAAAGAAACAGGCGAACCUAUGGAAAUAGAAGAGCCAUCAAUUGUUAACAAUAAUCAUGUUAAUAAAAAGAAACAGUCUAAAUCAAACUUAGUAUCAUCACCAGAACCUAAUGACAAAAACAGUCGAAGUAAGAGGCUUAAGAAAGACAAUUUACAAUGUGAUACUUUAGAAUCUUCAGAAUUACAUGUCCCUCCUACUUUAGAACUUAGUACUCCAACAUUCAACCUUACCUCUUCUAACUCUAGAACGCGCCGUAGUACAGGUAGAAAAAUAAAUGUUGAUAUCAGUGAUGCUAUUUAUAAACUUCCAUUUGAGCAUGGAUGGAAACGAGAAUUAGUUUACAGAACAUCGGGUGAAUCUACUAUUCUUAAUCGGGCAAAUAGAAAUGGUGAUGUAUACUAUUAUUCUCCAAGUAACCGAAAACUUAGAUCAUUACGAGAAAUUCAGGAACAAUUGGACAUCUCAGCUGAUAAAGAUCUAACUAUAGAAAGUUUUACGUUUUUAAAACAACCAAUUGGCAUGAAUGACCGGUCUAAAGAACUGAUCAGAGAUGCAAAUUCUAAAUUAUCUAAAGAAGACUCUUUUGUUGGUGUUGCCGUUAGACCUAAAAAAUCUAAAACACCCGUAGUACAGCGGCCACCAUUUGAUUAUGAAUUGUCAGAUGAUGAAAACAACAAGUCUUCGAGUAAAAUGAAAGUUGUUUUUAAAAAUGCUAAGACUUCCUCAAGAUCGAGAUCUAAAAAAGGUAAUUCAGAAUCAAUGAAUACAUCUUCAUCUACACCUGAAUACAUAUCUGAAGACUGGCAAGCUAUUAAAUCUAGUGCGUCACCUAAAGUUUCUUCUCCAAAACUUGAUGAUAUUGAUUUAAAUGACACAACCAAUAAAAGACGGUUGUCAACAUCAGAUGGUGAAGUCAUUAUGCAGACACCUUGUGGGAUACGGUGCCCCAAUAGUGAUGAACCUGCCACUUUAAUGUGUGCUCAAUGUCUGGUCUACUAUCAUCCAGCAUGUGUAAAUUUAAAUGCUAAUUUAAAAAUUGUUGGUUAUGUCUGUAUAAAUUGUCGAUCUACUGUGCGACAAAGAAAUAGACGUGUACAGUCUUCGCAUACAGUGGUUGUUGGUGCUUCUGAACCGGAACAACUACGUGUUGAACCAAUUCGUAUACGACAAGUUCAUCAAGCGUCAGAUACACCUAACUUUAUUAUUGAUAGAACACCAAUUUCUAAAACUGAAGAAACCCAUUAUGAAAUUGAUGAAUAUAGUGAUGAUAGUGACUCUGAUAUAAUAAAUACAGUUAUUUGUCAAGGAAAUGUAUACAAAACUACUAUGGUUGAUGGUAGUUUUCAUGAACAGUAUGUCUAUGAAAUGAAACAAACACGAGGACCUAGUUUGAUGACUUGUGUUAUUCAAGAACCUAAAAAUCUGGAUGAGAAUUCUGAAAUGAAUGGUUCAGUAAGAGAAAUUGUAACACCUUUCGCAUCAAUGCAGUCAUUCAAUUACAUGGUCAAAUCGUUGAGGCAUGUUUUUAAACAUCUGAAAACGCAUGAGCUUUUAUCAGCUUCUAGAGUAUGUACCGCCUGGCAUAUAAUUGCAAUGAAUAAGUUCUUAUGGCAGAAUGUACGUUUAAAAAAUUCUAUGGUCUAUGACUGGGAAAGAUUCGUAGACUCUAUUGAUCAACAGAGAACUGAUACAUUAGACACUAGACGUAUGUUGAUACCUGUUAAAGUUGAAGAAUUCGAAAGUUUUUGGUUGCGUUUUUCUAAAGCAAUGAAAAGAGCACAAAAAUUAAAAACCAUUGAAUUGUAUAGAUGUCCUACCCAUGUAGUUGAAGAUAUUAUUUACUCAUUACCUCAAAUUGAAAUACUUAAUGCUUCUUCAAUAAAAAAUCCACAUGUAACAAAAGAGGCAAAAAAUGUUAAUGAUUUGAUGGUCCUAGACUUAAAUUAUUUGGGACAAAUGACAAAGCUCACAGAAUUAAGACUAAAAGGUUUAACUGGAAUGAAAUUGACGUCAUUGCCAUCAUUUGAAAAAUUAGUAAAUUUGAAAAAAAUUUCAUUAACCUCUAUUAAAUCAUUUCCAAAAGACAUCUGUCCGAGUUUGGAUACUAUCACUGAUAAAAUUGAGAUUUUGGAAAUUGGAGAUUGCGAUUGCUUAUCGAAGGAUUUUGCAGUAUCCCUUAAAAAAUUUGUCAAUCUGAAAUCAUUGAGAUUAGAAAAUUGCUGUGGUAGAUGGGAACUAUUUGCACAGGAUGUUUUUACUGUUAUUAGAAGUCUUGAAAAGCUCACUAUUUUGGAAUUGAUAAACAUAGAAUUCACUAACUCUGUUGAAGAUGAAUUGGAAAAAUGUUAUGGUAUUAAAGCUUUACUGAUUAUUCCUGCUUAUGUGAGCCAAUCUGCAACUACUAACUGUCACCUAAUUGAUUGUCUCAAAAAACUCUCCAAGACAUUAACUCAUUUGGUUUGGGGAUUGACUCAUGAGUUACUCCGUGUUACAGACUUAUUUAUAACUCAAUAUCAGCAGAAUCAGCAUACUAUUGGUUAUAAUUUAGAUAUAUCCCAAACCAAAGAAGCAACCAACAAUAUACCUAUACUGAGAACAAGAAAGCCCAGACAGCGACCAGGAGAUGAGCUUGUUCCCGAAAAAGAAAAAGACAAGUCAGAUAAUGUUGAUAUACUUUCAGUUCCUGCUCUAGAGCAAUUGUUAGAUACAAUGAUGCCUGAUGCUAAGACUAAGGUAAUUAAGGUUCCCUUUUCUGGAACAGUUAGAGUUUAUUUGAGUGAACACUAUACUGAUCUUUAAACAAAAUUUGUAGUAUUCAUUUGUUUCUUUACAUGAGAAACCUUUCACGUUAUGAUUCUAUUUUUUGUGACCAUGAAAAAAAAUUUUUUGUACUUCAAGGUGGAGAUUAUAAUAACAAUUUAAAUUAUUAGUUAUA